AUGUGGACGCUCGGACGCCGCGCGGCUGCCGGGCUCCUGCCCCGCUCGGCCCAGGCCCGCGCCGCGGCCCCGCAGCCGGUGAAGGGCGCCCGACCGCAUUCCCGCCCGGGCUGGCGCGCCGGGAGCGCCGCCGCCUGCGCGCCCCGCCAGGCCAAUUUAAGCCUCCAUUGCCUCAACCGAAUUCUGAAUGUCAAAAAGCAGAGUGUCUGUCUGAUAAAUUUGAGGACAACUGGAACUUUGAGGGACCCUGGUUCUCUAGAUGAGACCACCUAUGAAAGACUGGCAGAGAAGACACUGGACUCCUUAGCAGAGUUUUUCGAAGACCUUGCAGAUAAGCCUUACACAUUUGAAGACUAUGAUGUCUCCUUUGGGAGUGGAGUUUUAACAGUUAAACUAGGUGGAGAUUUAGGAACCUAUGUGAUCAACAAGCAGACCCCAAACAAGCAAAUCUGGUUGUCUUCUCCAUCCAGUGGGCCCAAGCGGUAUGACUGGACCGGGAGAAACUGGGUGUACUCCCAUGACGGGAUGUCCCUCCAUGAGCUGCUGGCCAAGGAACUGACUGAAGUCUUAAAGACGAAAUUGGACUUAUCUUCCCUGGCCUAUUCUGGGAAAGGCACUUGAUAUGCAGCCCAUUCUAAAGACAUUAACAGCUCUCUAGUGAAGACCCUGGCUUCCUUCUUCAUCUGAGCAUCCAAUUUUUCCCAACCCUGCUUUUGAGGACAGUUGCAUCAUGUGUGGCAGCUCUGUGAAAAGACUGUGUCACCUCCCACCCUACCCCUGAGUUCAGAUUUGUUAUUUCCAUAGAUAUUUUGGAUUUAUGGUCUGCUUUGCUACCUCACGGGAUAUCCCUAUCUCUGAUGAUGUUCACUCAUGCCUUUAUUUAUUAUCUUACAACAAAAAAAUAAGAGGAAAAAUUCUGGAAGAAAUUAAUUUGGUUCAACAUUCAUUCUUGGAAGAACUUAACCACAAAAGCUACAUGGCCAACCUCACCAAUCUGUCUCAAAACAGCUUAUUAAAGGGUGGCCAGUAGAUGCUCCUGUGCCUCAAAACAUGUAAACACUUCUAGCCCUUAACUAUUGAAGUUCACCAACGAUCUGGGAAUUCUCAAGCCUAAGACUAUUCCCCCUCUGUACUUUGUGUCUGCCAGCUGUGGCUGCACAGGGUAACUCAGAGAGAAGUGUGUGUGUGUCCCAUACACACAUACAUAUACAAACACACAGUUAAAUAUGCGUGUGUGGAUUUUUUGUUUGUUUAAUCUAAGGGUCAGUUUAGAACCAACUGCUAUAGCACAGGUCUGAGAAUGCAAAAAAUUUCCCAAUGACCAAGGGAGAAAAGCCAUCUUCAUAAGCUCAUAGAUACAGUAUCACAAACAAGGUAAUGGAGCUGAAAAAGUGCUUUGUAUAAUGGAAAGAGGUUUGUGUUAAUGAAAAGAACCCUGGUCCUACACUUGGCUCAGCCCAAAAGUAGUUGUCUGUCUCUAGGUAAGAUUCACAAAUUCCUGAACCUCUUUCUCCACAUGUUUUGUUUUGAAAUAUUUUUAUUUAUUUAUGCAUACAAGAACUGGGGUACAGGCCAAAGGUGCAGGGAGUGAGAGGAUUCACCAGACAUAGAGUGAGGAGCAGAACAGGAAGAUCUACUGAAAUACACUGCUGAGGGGAGCAGGGGGCGAGACAGGAAAGGUCUGCUGCCCCAUGUGGGUUAGCUCCCUGGCUGGGGACUGAAUUCAUUGCCACAGUGGCUGGUGAUAGCUUGAUAGCACUAAGACUUUAACCCCUGAGCCACCGGGGAGGCCCUCUUUCUCCACAUGUUAAAUGAGGUUGAACAGGAUAAAAUAGAUUCCCAAUUCAGGCAUUAUUCAGUGUUCCUUUCAGGCAACUCAACAGGUUAGCUUUAUUUCCCUGAGGCAGAUAAUGGGAUGAUAAUGAAUAAUUUUUUAAAGUUAUAUGGUAAAUACAUGGUUAUUGAUAUUGUUCUGCUUGAAUUCAGGUUCAAACAAUAACCAUCCUUAAUGUGCCCUUACCAUAUUUAGCCUGUACUACAAACUGAGUGUUUCCCCUGACAUUCACAAAGAUGGCAGUCUUAAAAGGUGGGGCCUUGGAGAGGGGAUUAGGUCAUGAGGACAGAGGCCUAGAGAAUGGUAUUAAUGCUCUUAUAAAAAGACCCCCAAAGAAUUCCCUCAACCCUUUCACCAUGUGAGGACAAGCCACCUAUUAAUCAGAAAGCAGACCUUCUUCACCAGAGACUAAAUCUGGAGGCUUGAUCUUGAUCUUCCAGACUCUUCCAGAAUGUGAGAAAUAAAGUUCUGUUUUCAAGCCACCCAGUCUAUGGUGUUUUGUUAUAGCAGCCUGAGUGGACUAAGAUCCCCUGCCACUUCCCAGGACCUCAUUUCAAUCUUUACUGACUCACUUUACAGGGGAAGAAAGCUAAGGGAUGUUCAAACUCACCCAAAGUUAUGCUCCUGUUCUUUUGUUUACUCCAACAAGAAAGAUUUAUUAGUGACAAUUCUAUGCAAAUGUGGAGCAAAGACUUUGGCAGUGGGUAAACCAAAAACACAUUCCAUUAUUUUUAAAAAAGGUCUUAACAAUAGAACAAUAUAAACACAUGCUAAAAGGGUAUUUGAAAUGUUUCCUUUCUUCAGAAAUAAAAAUAUUUUUUCCUCUGAUGGAAAUUUUUAAGUAUAGUAGGUCAGAAUCAGGGGGAAAACAAAAUGUGUGUGUGUCUCAAUU